AUGGAUUCCUCCCAGAAUCCGCAACAGACCGGAAACCGUGCGGUCCUUGGCGACUUGAUCGUGAUUGCCGGCGCCAUUUGCUACGGAUGCUCUAACGUGCUCCAAGAGGCACUCAUCUGUCGUCAUGGCAUCUUCGACUUCCUCGGCCUGGCCUCUGGUCUCGUGGCGGCCAUUUUGACUGCUUCCUACUGCUUCGGCCUCGAGUGGUCGCAACUGUCCGGUCCGUUGGGCGUCGCCAGUUGGUCGGCCGACCAGUGGGGCUGUUUCCUUGGUUAUGCGGCCGCUAUGCUUGCACUCUACGUUGUCAUGCCGGCGGUUUUGCAGCGCACCAGUGCUGUACUUGUCAACCUUUCGCUGCUCACCGCCGAUGUUUAUGCUCUUGUAAUGGGAGUUCUAAUCUUCGGACUUCAAUUUCACUAUCUUUACUUAGUCUCAUUUGCUGUCAUUCUGGCUGGCGUUGCCCUCUUCUCCGUCCAGCCGACUGUUGAUCCUCUCGGUCGGCAAAUGGCUCCGGUUAUAAAUAAUGUUCCCGAUGCUCCGGUCAACUAUCCCAGCCAACGAUGUCUGAAGCCGACCUUGCCGGCGGACAGAAGCAAUGAGAACCAUGACGCCACUGGAAGCUGGUGUAGCUUGACUUAUUUUUGA